UCCAAAGGUGCAAUUGUGAGUCAUGAUCUUGUCCCGGUGGAUGUCACAGCAGGAACUGUCAACAAAGGGGAGCUGACAGUCACACUGAGUCAGGUGAUGGACCUCGCACCGGUUGCCCAGGUGAUUGUUUACUCCGUGAUGCCCAAUGGGGAGAUGGUCGCAGACAGCCAGGACUUCCCCGUUCAGCUCUGCCUCAACAAUAAGGUGUCCCUGAAGUUCUCGUCUGUUCAGAAGCUUCCAGCGGAGGAGGUGACACUGACACUGAAGGCCAACCCCAAAUCACUGUGCUCUGUCAGAGCCAUCGACCAGAGUGUCCUUCUGCUGAAACCAGAACAGGAGCUCACCAUUGACUAUGUGUUCAACCAGCUGCCUGUACAGAAGCUGUCGGGGUAUGAUUACGAGGUGGAGGACUUUGAGUCGCAUCGUUGCUUCCCCGGGCCAAUCCCCAGGCCAAUCCCUAUGCUUCCGCUUGAGCCUGUGCCUGAACCGGAUCCUGAACCUGAAGUCACCCCGACACCUCCCAUCCAUGUUGACGUCGGCGUUCGAUCAAAGCGCUCGCUUUUCCGUCCGUUCUAUCAGAUGAUAGAUGUUUACAGCAUUUUUAAAGACAUUGGAGUCAAAAUUGUGACAAACUCAGAUGUGAAAAAGCCCUACGACUGCUUCCUGUUUAAGUUUAAUGGCAUUGGUGAACCUGUUGCCUUUAACUUGGAAGUGGCUAGAGGUGGAGAAGCUAGAGGUCCAGAGGAGCAGAAAGAAGAGACAGUCAGAACAGAGUUUCCUGAGACCUGGAUCUGGGACCUUAUUACUGUGGGAGACGGUGGCUCAGCGAGGAUGGAGAAGACGGUCCCCGACACCAUCACCAAGUGGGCCACCAGCGCGUUCUGCGUGUCCCCCACUGGCUUUGGCGUGUCACCCAACACCGGGCUCACCGUCUUCCAGCCGUUCUUCGUCAGCCUCACCCUGCCUUACUCUGUCAUCAGAGGGGAGGUGUUCACACUGAAGGCCACCGUCUUCAAUUACCUCACCCGUUGCAUAAUGGUCAAAGUAACUCUGGCUGCCUCUGACCAGUACACCUUCAGGGACUGUGAAGGCUGCCAGUACAGCACCUGUCUGUGUGGAGAGGAGACCAAGACCUUCUCCUGGAUUGUGACUCCGUCUGCUUUAGGCGACGUGAGCCUGAAGGUCAGCGCCGAGGCCCUGAGCACCCGCGCUCUGUGCGGCAACGAGGUGGCCACGGUGCCGGACGUGGGCCGGAUCGACACGGUGAUCCAAACGCUGCUGGUGGAGGCUGAAGGAACCCCUCAGAUGGAGAGCCACAACGCUCUGCUGUGUCCUGCAAAUAGUCCAGUGGAGAAGAAGGUCUCCCUCCUGCUGCCUGCAGCGUUUGUGGCCGGAUCAGCCAGAGCGUCCGUCUCUGUCCUGGGUGACCUGAUGGGCCGGUCCCUGCAGAAUCUGGACAAGCUGCUGGCCAUGCCGUACGGCUGUGGGGAGCAAAACAUGUUGCUGUUCGCACCAAACAUCUUCAUCCUGGACUACCUGAAAAGCUCUGGUCAGCUGACUGAGGCCAUCCUGGCCAAGGCCAAGCGCUUCCUGGAGGGUGGGUAUCAGAGGGAGCUCAACUACAAGCAUGACGACGGCUCCUACAGCGCCUUCGGGAACAGCGACCCCUCUGGCAACACCUGGCUCACUGCGUUUGUGAUGAAGUCCUUCAGCGGAGCCAGAAUUUACAUCUAUGUGGACCCACAGCACAUUAAGGACGCCAGGACCUGGCUGUCCGGACUGCAAAAGAGCGACGGCUGUUUUACCUCUGUUGGCAAGCUCUUCCACAACAGCAUGAAGGGGGGGGUGAGCGACGACGUGUCGCUGACGGCUUACAUCGUUGCUGCUAUGCUGGAGUCGGAUGGAGUGACCUCGGACCCCGUGGUGCAGAGGGCCCUGGGUUGUCUGAAGCGUGCUCUGGCCAGAGACUUCGACAACCAGUAUACCAAAGCCUUGAUGUUGUACACCUUCAGUCUGGCUGGAGAUCAGGAGACAAGGAGCAAAAUAAUGACCGUUCUGGACCAGAAGGCAGAGAAGAACGGAGGCACCAUUCACUGGGCGAGAGCGGGUUCUUCUGACAGUGGUCUGGAUUCCGUAGAAGUGGAGAUGACCUCCUACGUGCUGCUGGCCCUGCUCGUCUCUCCUCCCCUAGAGGGCUUCAGCUUGGAUUACACUUCAGGCAUUGUCCGCUGGCUCGCUCAAAAGCAGAACCCAUACGGCGGCUUCUCCUCUACACAGGACACAGUGGUGGCCCUCCAGGCCCUGGCCAAGUAUGCCGACGCCACCUACAGCCCACAGGGAACAACUACGGUCACGGUGACGUCUCUGGGAGGCCUGAAGAAGGAGUUCACGGUGACGCAGAGCAACAGGCUGCUGUACCAGGAAGAGAGGCUGAGCGAGGUCCCUGGAGAGUACACCAUCAGAGCCGAGGGGCAGAGCUGCGUUCUGGCUCAGAUUUCCAUGCACUACAACAUCCCCCCUCCUGAUGACUUCUCUGCCUUCACCCUCACUAAGAGCAUCGAAGCCAGAUGCAAACUCAGCCGGCCACGUCUCCAGCUCGCGGUUCACGUCAGGUACGUGGGCAGGAGAGCGGAGACCAACAUGGCCAUCAUCAACAUUAAACUGCUGUCUGGAUACGUCCUGGAUCAGAGCUCCCUGCAGCAGCUGCAGGACGACCGCUCAUUGAAGCGUGUGGAAGUAGAUGACGGCUAUAUCAACAUCUACGUGGAUGGGCUGAAAAAGGAUGAGGUACAGACCUACAGGGUGACUCUGGAGGAGGACCAGCGUGUCAGGAACCUCAAACCAGCUGUGAUUAAAGUCUACGACUACUACCAGCCGAUUGACCAGGCUGCCACGGACUACACAUCCCCCUGUGCAGAGAGUGACAAUGACAACAAGGUGUAACUCCAGCCCAGGACAGCUGAAGGAACUACUGUGUGACGUCUAGCCCUGCAUGAUGAUGAUUGUUUUGAAACUAAGCUGUCGGGUUUUACUUUGGGUAGCCUUAGGUACUUUUUUUUUUUUUUACUUUUAGCUCUCUUGCUGGGUUUUAUUCUUUUUUAUUUACGGUCACAUUCCAAGAUAAUUUUUAUCCGUGGCAGUGACUUCAGGAAGAAUCAGCAAUGAUCAGAAUAGUUUGUGCCGUGUCUCUGUUCAACACUGGAAAAUCGCACUAUAACCCACUGGAAACAACAGAGGACUGUUUACUGAUGAUAGUUUUUUUUUAAUAGAUCUGACAGAAAUCCACAUUAUUCAUACAUGAAAGUGACACGUGAGACAUACAGGCUAGCAACAACACAGCAUGGUCAGAGUACUGAUUGUGUCUGCCAGGAUCUGCUCUGUAGGGAGAAAAGGAGAAUCCAGACUGAAUGGUGCUGGGGGAUUUCCUGGGUGUGUAUACGUACCUGCACAGGUGUUCUGUUGUACCAGUAAAAAGAUAUAUUCAUACAUGACUACUGUACAAUUUCAUAUGCAAGUUGCAAUAAAAGCUCUAAAAUGACA